UUCAACCGAAGAAGGUGGUCAGCAUUGUCCGCCGAUCUUUCUCGGCAGCAACCAUUCUAUAAUUAACGAAACCAUAAAUUAAGAUAAUCCAACAAGAUCAAACUAUUUUUUUUUCCAGGCCAAGCAGCAACGGAGGCAGACGCAUCUGCCGGAGGCGCAAGAGAAAAAGAGAGACCCAAUUACGACUUCAAUGGAAACUUAAGGUUUCAGAUCAGCGCGAGGCAAUUAUUUUAUCAAUCCUCUCUCAAUUGCUUACAUUCUCAUCAUUUGUAAACUGAUGACAGAUCGUUGGAUGAGGAUAAGGGCGUAAAAAUACCUGCGUGAUUGUUUCAUGGGCAACUCAUGCCGUGGAUCUUUGAAAGGGAAACAUUUUCAGGGCUUCAGCCAGCCCGAAGACCAUUCCACUGCCCAUUCCAAGCGCAACAUUUCUUCUGAUUGCUCUAACUCAGAUUAUUACGUCUCCAGCUUGAACUCCCAGAAGCCCGUGGCCAAAGAAAACCCAAAUAAAGAUAUUAGUAACGACUCUUGUACAGAGCAAUACAGCAAUAACAGUAAUCCACCCUUCAUUAUUCCACCCAAGAAAGACGCCAUCAUGAGGCGGGGGGUUGAUAACCAAGCAUAUUAUGUAUUGGGUCAUAAGACUCCCAAUAUCCGUGAUCUUUAUUCUCUAGGCCGUAAAUUAGGGCAGGGACAAUUUGGCACCACUUAUUUAUGCACUGAGAAUUCCACUGGCACUGAAUAUGCAUGUAAGUCCAUCUCUAAGAGGAAGUUGAUCUCUAAGGAAGAUGUUGAGGAUGUUAGGAGGGAAAUUCAGAUAAUGCACCAUUUAGCAGGUCACAAGAAUAUUGUUACAAUCAAGGGUGCUUAUGAGGAUCCAUUGUAUGUUCAUAUUGUCAUGGAGCUAUGUUCUGGGGGAGAGUUGUUUGAUCGCAUUAUCCAGAGGGGCCACUACAGCGAAAGAAAGGCUGCAGAAUUGACCAAAAUUAUUGUAGGAGUUGUUGAGGCAUGUCACUCCCUUGGGGUUAUGCAUAGAGAUCUCAAGCCUGAAAAUUUUUUAUUGGUCAACAAAGACGAUGAUUUCUCUCUUAAAGCUAUUGACUUUGGGCUUUCUGUUUUCUUCAAACCCGGUCAAAUUUUCACUGAUGUAGUUGGUAGUCCUUAUUAUGUUGCUCCUGAGGUUCUCCUUAAGCAUUAUGGGCCAGAAGCAGAUGUAUGGACAGCGGGUGUUAUACUGUAUAUACUGCUUAGUGGUGUGCCACCAUUUUGGGCAGAAACCCAGCAGGGCAUAUUUGAUGCGGUGUUGAAGGGACAUAUAGAUUUUGAAUCCGAUCCCUGGCCUCUAAUAUCUGAUAGUGCAAAAGAUUUGAUUCGGAAGAUGCUUUGUUCUCAACCUUCAGAAAGGCUAACUGCCCAUGAAGUGUUGUGUCAUCCCUGGAUAUGUGAAAAUGGAGUUGCCCCUGAUAGCGCGCUGGAUCCUGCUGUCCUCUCUCGUCUCAAACAGUUCUCUGCGAUGAAUAAGUUAAAGAAAAUGGCUUUGCGGGUAAUUGCUGAAAGUCUGUCUGAAGAGGAGAUUGCAGGUCUAAAAGAGAUGUUUAAGGCCAUGGAUACUGAUAACAGUGGCGCAAUCACUUUUGAUGAACUCAAGGCUGGGUUGAGAAGAUAUGGAUCAACCCUUAAGGAUACAGAAAUUCGUGAUCUUAUGGAAGCGGCUGAUGUAGACAACAGUGGAACAAUAGACUAUGGGGAGUUUGUUGCUGCGACAGUUCAUCUAAACAAGUUAGAGCGUGAGGAGCAUUUAAUUGCAGCCUUCCAAUAUUUUGACAAGGAUGGAAGUGGUUAUAUUACAGUUGAUGAGCUUCAACAAGCUUGUAUAGAACAUAACAUGACCGAUGUCUUUCUUGAAGAUAUUAUUAGGGAAGUGGAUCAAGAUAAUGACGGAAGGAUUGAUUAUGGUGAAUUUGUUGCCAUGAUGCAAAAAGGCAAUGCUGGAGUUGGAAGAAGGACUAUGCGCAACAGUCUCAAUCUGAGCAUGAGAGAUGCACCAGGUUGUACAGCGAAGACAGAGAGAGAAGACUAAAGCAGAUCUCUUCAAAUCUGAACUGUGGAUGCUCUUUGGAAGUGGCACUAAUUAAGUGUUGCAUUUAUGUUGUAUGAUUGCAAACAUCGUUGAUUGUCAUAAACUUCUGUGUUAGGUGUCACAGCGAUAUAAAGUUGACAAGUCAUUUUGCCGGCAUUUUGAUGAGGGCAUUCUGUUUAUAGUUUGAGUUGGAUGUGUUGAUCCUUCAGGGUAAUUUUUUUCAAAACAGGCAUUAGAUGCCGACUUUUACAUUCGUCAUCAAGAUUUCCGAUUAAAGUAUAAUGUGUAUAAUAUGUGUAUAAUUUUUUUAAUAGUAGUAUAUGUACUUCGAUUACGAAAUGUUGUCAUGAUAUAUUUAUUAUUAUGAUCUUUCUU